ACAGCUGCAUGAGUGAGGGAAAGGGGGAGAAGGCAGCAGAGGCCAAGGUGCGCAUAGCCGAGGCCAAGGUGCGCAUAGCUGAGGCCAAGGUCGGAGUGGCCGAGGCCAAGGUUGACGAGGCCGAGGCCAAGGUUGACGAGGCCGAGGCCAAGGUCGACGAGGCCGAGACCAGGGUUGACAAGGCCGAGGCUAUGGUCGGGGUGGCCAAGGCCGAGAUCCGGGUGGCCAAGGCCAAGGUCGGGGUGGCCGAGGCUAGGCACGAGGCAGUGAUUGGCGCACGGCAUGCUGGAGUCGCAACGGAUGCCGACGUGGCCGAGGCCACGGCUGACAAGGCCGAGGCUAUGGUCGGUGUGGCUCAUGCCAAGGUUGGGGUGGCCGAGGCCAAGGUUGUCGUGCUCGAGGCCAAGGUCGACGAGGCCGGGACCAGGGUUGACAAGGCCGAGGCUAUGGUCGGAGUGGCCGAGGCCGAGAUCCGGGUGGCCAAGGCCAAGGUCGGGGUGGCCGAGGCUAGGCACGAGGCAGUGAUUGGCGCACGGCAUGCUGGAGUCGCAACGGAUGCCGACGUGGCCGAGGCCACGGCUGACAAGGCCGAGGCUAUGGUCGGAGUGGCCGAGGCCAAGGUCGGGGUGGCCGAGGCCAAGGUGCGCAUAGCUGAGGCCAAGGUUGUCGUGCUCGAGGCCAAGGUCGACGAGGCCGAGACCAGGGUUGACAAGGCCGAGGCUAUGGUCGGUGUGACUCAUGCCAAGGUUGGGGUGGCCGAGGCCAAGGUUGUUGUGCUCGAGGCCAAACUGCGCGAAGCGACUGCGUGUGGCGCCAGCGAGGCCGAGAUCGAAUCAAUCACGACACGACUCAAACUCGCCUCGCAAGAACUGACCCAUGCCUCGCCGGCUAACGAGAAGCUCCACCCGCAGAUCGGCAUUAUUCAGCCGCACGGGGCGGCCUCCAAGUCUAGGGCAAAGGGCUUUGCGUCACACCUAUCGCCGGUCUCGGAUCCGGCAGCACUCUACCCUCUGCUGGUGACCGGGCACCUGAAGAUGGUUGGAUGGCCGGAGCAGGAGAGCCAGUCACCUUCGGCAAGCAGUGGAGCUUUGUCCGUGGCCGAUCUUGCCAGUGGGCCGGAAGACCUCGGCAGUGGCGCUGCUGCCUCUCCGCCCAUUUGCCAGUUUGUCGAGCUCGACCACAACGUCGCCCUGGGAAUGUUUAGCCGCGUUGGUAACCUGCAGGCUGCUACGCAAAAGGCUGUGCGUGACAUCACCCAAUCACUCUGGCCUCUGGUCUUCACCUCCAGCUCUAGCCCGUGUGUCGGGCUUGAUGCUGACCCAAUGCAGACCUUCCAUCUCGAACGCACUUUCCUCUCGGAGCUCACGUCGUCGCUGUACGUCUUUCUUGGCGACGAGAUCUCGACUUCCUUUCCGAGUGACACGGAGCUGGCCAAGCACACGGCCAGUGCUUUGGAUUUUUGCUUGCAGCAUCGAGCAGAUCUCGACAAGGUCAUUGCCAGCGCGACAUCAGUCGAGCGCGCAACAACGCGUUUGGCCGCUAUCACGUCGGAGCUGGCCCAGUCCGGAUCGUCGUCGUCGCGUCCAGACUCAAACCGUCGGGCAACCGAGCUGCUUGCCGCGAUGAGCGAGGCGGAGGAAGAACUGACCAACCCGCAACUGGAGCAGUUUCCGGUUCGGGUGACAAAUGCGCGCGAGAGCCGCGAAGACUCGCAUGAUCCCAGUUCCUCGGACGCACGCAGUGCUGAUGCUGUUGUGUUCAACCGAAGCCCAUUGCGGACGUGGAUGUGGGUCGAACACCCGGUACUCCGCAACGCGCAGCCGGACGUACUCUGGGGCCUCCACUCCCAGCAAGUCAAGCUCGGCUUUGGCAUCUUUGAGCCCGGCAGUUCCUCCAAGGGGGGACAAGUCGAGGCGUACGCUUCUGCGUUGGGGCUGGCUGCUGCUGGCUACCCUGCUGUGAUUUCGAUCCUCUCACUCUCUGGGUCGUUUCCCACGCCGGAAAACUCCGGCGCCAACAUCUCGCUGCAACUUGCAGCUCACCUUGUCGGCGAAAACCAGGUGCAGCAUGUAGCUGUGGGCCUCCUCAAGACCGACUCGCUCACAUCGUACGUGGACAUUGUGGCCGGCUUUGCAGUUUCGAUGUCCGAGGUCACCCAGAUCAUGGUCAAGCGCCUGGCGGACCCAAGCCUUGCGCCGCAGCAGUUUGGGCCCAACGUGGCGGUUGUCGCCGGAUUUGUCUUCAAGUGGUUCCGCCCCUCCUCCUGCCGCUGGCCGAACCUGGAUGCGUGGACGAUUGCGUCGCCCGAGCUGCGGAUGUGCUUGAUGGUGGUCGACAAAGCGUUCACCGUUCUCCACGGACCCCACAACGAGACGGUCGAGGCGCUACCUGGUCAUGUUGCUGUCGUUGUCACCAAGGCUGUGACCGAUGUUGAGGUCGACGACACGGGCGUGACUACGGCCCACUUUGACGACGUGGCGGCCCGGCUGAAGAAGCUCCAUGCCGCGGGCAUUGUCCAUGGCGACGUCCGCCGUAGCAACGUUGUCUUUGGCAACAACGGCAAAGGUUACCUCAUUGACUUUGACCUUGCGCGGCCGGUCGGAACCGUGUACCCGGCACGUCUCCGUGUGGUGCGCGACGGGUCACGCGCGCCUGGUUGUGUCAACUCAACAGCCAGCAUGGCGGUUGCGCACGACGUAUUUGCGUUGGGUGGCGUGAUGGAGCUGUACCAAGCCGUCGACAAUGGCAGACAGAGCGAGUGGAUCGCUCUCGUCGAAUCGUUGAAAGCGGAGGAGCACGGUGCCGCGGUCGGCAAGCUGCCGAGCGAGUGGCCGAGCCCGCCGUUCCUGCUGCAGCGCACCAGGUCCGCCCGCAGCAAGUCGUGGUCACGCGGAACUGGGUCGCCGUAA